CGUUUGGACUUGCGCAAGAACAGGGGCAAAAAAGAGUCGGCCACAGACCCAUUUGCUUCGGUACCACAAGAUGGCUCAUUCCCGGAAAUCCUCCCCGAAAUGACAUGUUCAAAAAACUGCAUGCUAAAUGACCUGGGUGUAGAGGACGGGCCUAGUGAAGCAAAUUCCGAGUUAGAGCGGAACUCUUCAAACAUAAUCAUACACAGUGCAUCUGCGAAUCAGAACAGCAAAGCACCCCACCCACCAGCGAGCCGACCAGAUGCCGCGGGAGGCAUGCCGGGGCAGAAGCGGACUAUCAAGUCUAACGUAGGAGGGAACAGAGACGAACAUAUUGGGUCCGCCAAGAGGCCCCGUCAACAGCUCAUGAGCUGCCCAUACCGGAAGCGCAAUUCACUUCGGUUCAAUAUACGGGACCACACGCGUUGUGCGAUCGACUCUUUCACCGACUUGUCAGGGGUAAAGCGCCACGUGAGAAUUCAUCAUAGAUAUAACCGACCUGGAAGUUUCGUCUGUCCUAGAUGUCAGAAGGACUUGGCCUCACGCGAAGGGCUACUUUCCCAUUUAUCAGUGGGCCCCCAGCACAUCUGCGAACAUAAGCUGCCGAGUCCAUGCGACGUUGAGGACGGCAUUACCAGCGAAGUCGAGAACGUGCUGCAGGCACGCAAGAGCGCAUCCAAAGUCGACAACUGGAUCGCAUUAUGUCGCUUGCUCUUUCCAUCCGACGAAGUCGUGCCUAGCUCAGGUAAGUUGCAUGUGGUCAUAGUGAGGAGGCCAUUAUUUAACUCGGAGUGUAGAGUUUGUCCCACCUGUUGGGGUGGACGAAGUGGCGGAACACCUUCUAUCGGGCCAUGCCCAAUUGGCGCAGGAGAUCCUGGAUCAGAUACUACCUAGGCUUGAGACAAAGGAUCUAGAUACGCUCAAGGACACAAUCGGUCAAACCAUUGAAGCCUUCCUUCAGAGGCAGUUCAACUCUGUCGGAGAG